UAUCUGGGCGUGGGCUCAACAACAGCUAUUCAUUCUCUCCCUUUGCAAAGCACAUUGUCCGCCGUGAGCCGACUCCACACACAGCUUCGAAUACAUGCUCAGACACUUUUGCUGAAAAGUAACUAUUUUGUGAGAUAAUAGUUUACGCUUUGAGUUUAUAAACUGUAAGGGACAGUAAGGAACCGCUGGGAAAGAUAAAUAGGAUAUCUGUUGAACUGCACGGACUCAGUUCAAGUCGCUCUUUAACAUUGGAGCUCUGCUUGUUCAGUGAGGAUGACGGAGUAUAAACUGGUGGUCGUGGGCGCUGGAGGUGUGGGCAAGAGUGCUCUCACCAUUCAGCUCAUCCAGAACCACUUUGUGGACGAAUACGACCCUACCAUAGAGGACUCGUACAGGAAGCAGGUGGUGAUUGACGGGGAGACGUGCCUGUUGGACAUCCUGGACACAGCAGGUCAGGAGGAGUACAGCGCCAUGAGGGACCAGUACAUGAGGACAGGGGAGGGCUUCCUCUGUGUCUUCGCCAUCAACAACACCAAGUCCUUCGAAGACAUCCACCAGUACAGGGAACAGAUCAAGCGUGUGAAGGACUCGGAUGACGUGCCCAUGGUGCUUGUGGGUAACAAGUGUGACCUGCCCGCGCGUACGGUGGACACAAGGCAAGCCCAGGAGCUGGCCCGCUCCUACGGCAUUCCCUACAUCGAGACCUCCGCCAAGACACGACAGGGAGUGGAGGAUGCCUUCUACACGCUGGUCAGAGAGAUCAGACAGCACAAGCUGAGGAAGCUCAACCCCCCUGACGAGAGCGGCCAGGACUGUCUGAGCUGUCGCUGUGUGGUGUCGUGAUGGAGCUCGGCUGCUAUGAUUGAGGAGUGGACCUAUGGCGCGCAGUGGCAGCAUGGACUGAAGAUUGACAGGGAAAGAGGAACCAACACAAACAUAAGAACUUUUUUAAGAGGACGGUCAAAGAGAAGCAACCACCUGGCUGACUUUUUACCCAUGGAUACUGGGGAGAGGGGAGCCUUGCUCCCUGCCUGCCCAGCCUGGGCUGUGCAACUCUGGGGUGGGAUGGGCUAAACGGCCCCCCUCUUUUAUUCCAUGUCUGCCAGACCAACACCACUACUGACUCUGUAUAAUCCAGUGUGAUUGUGCUGGGAAGCUCCAUGAGGUCUUGCUAACUUAUUGUUUAACAGUCUCAACACUGGUCUUAACUUGGGGGUGUGGGCGGUCACCAGCCCCCCCCCACUCCCCCCCUCCCAAUAUGAAAGUCUGCUUCUAUCCCUUACCCCGCCAUACCCCCUGGAUGGACCGGACAAUAGUUACCCCCACCAACCUCGAAUCCACCACCCAUCACGUCUCCAAGGGGAUGCCACCGUAACCUCAUUGUUCUGGGUAGACUACGGGGAAAGGGACAGAAAGCCUCAUAAGAUUGUAUUGUUUUCAUGAUUAGCCUAGCCGCAAAACUCAAAUAGUUUUUUUGUUUUCCAAUAAUGAAAUUGUGUCUAAAUGAGACUUUGUGAUUUGAAGGUUUUUGAGGGUGGUGAUACUCAAUGCUGUAAGAGAGAAGGGAUGUGUAUUUAGUGGAACGGGUGGUUGCCAGGUUUUAUCAAGGCCCCGUUGCUGUUAGGAAGUCCUGGUUGUGGACGAAGUUAUGGUUCAAACCGAUGGACGGACUCCUAGUCCUAGAAUGCCCUUCCUCCUUCUUCACAGGCCUGCACGUGUGUGAUAAGGAUCUUCUUUGUGAAGUAAUAAUAGUAAUGACGAGUGUAGGUUCUGGUGCAAUAGGAUUGUUACUGUUUGACUAGUUAAGGAUUGGGAAUAAACGAUCUCUCAUGGCUA